CAUGCCGGGGAUGGACACAUAGGAUAACAUGCCGGGGAUGGACACAUAGGAUAACAUGCCGGGGAUGGACACACGUAGGAUAACAUGCCGGGGAUGGACACGUAGGAUAACAUGCCGGGGAUGGACACGUAGGAUAACAUGCCGGGGAUGGACACGUAGGAUAACAUGCCGGGGAUGGACACGUAGGAUAACAUGCCGGGGAUGGACACGUAGGAUAACAUGCCGGGGAUGGACACGUAGGAUAACAUGCCGGGGAUGGACACGUAGGAUAACAUGCCGGGGAUGGACACGUAGGAUAACA